AGGACGCAGAUUAAACAUUUCCUUUUGGAUAUUUUCCUAUAUUUUUUGUUUGUUUUUCCUGCCAAUGUGCUAUGAUCUCCGCCGUGCUCGCGGGCACCACCCCUCCACACGUACCCGUCUAUCUCUGAGCUGUCAAUCAUAUCACGCCGGGAUUUCUACAUGUGAGUUGCAUGGCGCGCCGGGCAGGGCGGAUCUGCUCACGGGGUGAAAAAACGCCGGUUGAUAUGGAUGAAAGGUCCACCAUCAUCUUAUCAUUUCAAUCACUCUGAUUAGCGACACUGUCCUAUAGCGUUGCCCAGACCACAGAGCGGGGAAGAUGAUGUGCGAAGUGAUGCCGACCAUCAACGAGGGAGACUCGGCUGGUCCUCCCAGAGGCACCGGCGGCGUCCCGAACGGCUCGGACCAGGAGGCCAACUUCGAGCAGCUGAUGGUCAACAUGCUGGACGAGAGGGACAAGCUGCUGGAGUCCCUCAGGGAGACUCAGGAGACCCUCAUUCAGUCUCAGACUAAGCUGCAGGGGGCGCUGCACGAGAGGGACGUGCUCCAGCGGCAGAUCAACGCCGCGCUACCUCAGGAGUUUGCCACCCUGACGAAGGAGCUGAACAUAUGCCGGGAGCAGCUGCUGGAGAAAGAGGAAGAAAUAUCUGAGCUGAAAGCUGAAAGGAACAACACCAGGUUGCUGUUGGAGCACCUGGAGUGUCUGGUGUCUCGUCACGAACGCAGUCUGAGGAUGACAGUGGUGAAGAGACAGGCACCCCCACCAUCUGGAGUCUCCAGCGAGGUGGAGGUCCUCAAAGCCCUGAAGUCGCUGUUUGAACACCACAAGGCUCUGGAUGAAAAGGUACGUGAGAGGCUUCGGGUGGCUCUGGAGAGGGUGUCCACCCUGGAGGGACAAUUAGCUUCUAACACACAAGAGUUGAACAUGGUGAGGCAAAGGAAGGAUGGCGACUCAUUGGAGCGAACAGAUGGAUCCAAACCUACAUGGAAGAGACUGCCCAACGGCUCCAUAGACGCUCACGAUGAUGGCAGCCGGGUGUCCGAGCUUCAGGAGCUGCUGGAUCGGACCAAUAAGGAGCUGGCCCAGAGCUGUGAGCACUCUGCCACUCUCAACAGCCGCAUGGCCGACCUCGAGGCAGAGCUCGCAAAUGCACGGCGAGAACUGAGCCGCAACGAGGAGCUGUCAAUCAAACAACAAAGGGAACAGAGAGAGGUGAGAGUAAAAGAAAGAGAGGAUAUGGAGGAAAGGAUAACAACAUUAGAGAAACGCUACCUGGCUGCUCAGCGGGAGACCACACACAUCCACGACCUCAACGACAAACUGGAGAAUGAACUGGCCACCAAGGACUCGCUGCACCGACAGAGCGAGGAGAAGGUGCGCCAGCUUCAGGAGAUGCUGGAGAUGGCAGAGCAGAGGCUGGCUCAGACCAUGAGGAAGGCUGAGACGCUUCCAGAGGUGGAGGCUGAACUGGCACAGAGAGUGGCAGCACUUUCCAAGGCUGAGGAGCGCCAUGGCAAUGUGGAGGAGCGGCUCAGACAGCUGGAGUCACAACUGGAGGAGAAGAACCAAGAGCUAGGAAGGGCUCGUCAAAGAGAGAAAAUGAAUGAGGAACACAACAAACGUUUGUCUGACACCGUGGAUCGUCUGCUCACUGAGUCCAAUGAAAGACUGCAGCUCCAUUUGAAAGAACGCAUGGCUGCCCUGGAGGACAAGAACUCCCUGAUUCAGGACCUCGAGAACUGCCAGAAACAGCUUGAAGAAUUCCAUCACACCAGGGAACGGCUGAUUGGAGAGAUUGAGAAGUUAAGAAAUGAGAUUGACCACUUGAAACGCCGCAGUGGAGCGUUUGGAGAUGGAACUCACCCUCGGUCUCACCUGGGUAGCGCCAGCGACCUACGCUUCUCUGUGGUGGAGGGCCAAGAUGGCCACUACAGCACAACAGUGAUCAGGCGGGCACAGAAGGGCAGAAUGUCAGCGCUACGAGACGACCCAAACAAGGUGUUUGCUGUGUUUGAACAGGACUACCCAUCUCUGCGUGGGAGCGUCAGCCACCUCCUCGGCAGCGACAUCGAAGCAGAGUCCGACUUGGAUGAUGACGUUAGCUCGACCCUGCUUUCCCCCAGCGGCCAAUCUGACGCUCAGACUCUCGCUCUGAUGCUGCAGGAGCAGCUCGACGCUAUCAAUGAAGAGAUAAGGAUGAUCCAGGUGGAGAGAGAGUCAGCAGACCUCCGAUCUGACGAGAUUGAGUCUCGCGUGAACAGCGGCAGCAUGGACGGUCUCAAUGUGACACUUCGACCCCGGGCGCUACCCACCUCCGCCACCGCACAGUCCCUGGCAUCCUCCACAUCCCCGCCCAACAGUGGCCACUCCACACCUAAACACCACUCACGCAACGCCAGCCACCAUCUAGGCAUCAUGACUCUGCCAAGUGACUUGAGGAAACACCGCAGGAAAGUAGCAUCUCCAGUGGAAGUGGACAAAGCUACUAUCAAGUGUGAGACAUCGCCUCCCUCGUCCCCCCGCAGUUUACGGCUAGAAACCAAUUUUGCUCAGUUCACAGGCAGUCUAGAGGAUGGCCGAGGCAAGCAGAAGAAAGGCAUCAAGUCAUCUAUUGGCCGAUUGUUUGGGAAGAAGGAGAAGGGUCGAAUGGAGCAGACUAUGGGCAUUGGUGACACUAUGACUCUGGGAAAACUGGGCACACAGGCUGAGAGGGACCGCAGGAUGAAGAAAAAACACGAGCUUCUGGAAGACGCCAGGAAAAGAGGCCUGCCAUUUGCCCAUUGGGACGGCCCUACUGUUGUCUCCUGGCUAGAGCUGUGGGUGGGUAUGCCAGCGUGGUAUGUGGCAGCCUGUCGUGCCAACGUGAAGAGCGGGGCCAUCAUGUCAGCUCUGUCCGACACAGAGAUUCAGAGGGAGAUUGGCAUCAGCAAUCCUCUGCACCGACUCAAACUCCGCUUGGCCAUCCAGGAGAUGGUGUCCCUCACCAGCCCGUCUGCACCACUUACCUCCAGAACGUCCUCCGGAAAUGUGUGGGUGACUCAUGAAGAGAUGGAGAACCUGGCUUCCUCCACUAAAGCGGACAAUGAGGAGGGCAGCUGGGCACAGACUCUGGCAUAUGGCGAUAUGAAUCAUGAGUGGAUUGGAAACGAGUGGCUGCCCAGCCUCGGCCUGCCUCAGUACCGCUCCUACUUCAUGGAGUGCCUGGUGGACGCUCGUAUGCUGGACCACCUGACCAAGAAGGACCUGAGGAGCCACCUCAAGAUGGUGGACAGCUUCCAUAGGGCUAGUCUGCAGUAUGGGAUUAUGUGCUUGAAGAGACUCAAUUAUGACAGGAAAGACCUGGAUCACCGGAGAGAGGACAGCCAACACGACAUGAAAGAUGUGUUGGUGUGGACCAAUGAGCAGGUGAUCCACUGGGUCCUGUCCAUUGGUUUGAGGGAGUAUAGCAGCAACCUGUUGGAGAGCGGUGUCCACGGAGCGCUACUCUCUCUGGACGAGACCUUCGACUACAGCAGCCUAGCCCUCAUCCUGCAAAUCCCUAUGCAGAAUACACAGGCACGGCAAGUUCUGGAGAGGGAGUUCAACAACCUGUUAGCCUUGGGGACCGACCGUCGACUAGAGGAGAGUGGGGAUGACAAGUCUUUUCGACGCUCUCCAUCGUGGCGCAAGAGGUUUCGAGCACGUGAGGGAGGGGUUGGGCUGGGCAUGAUGGCGGGCUCCAUGGAAACGCUGCCUGCUGGCUUCCGCAUGCCCUCCAUGUCCAUGCCGCCCUCUGCUCAUUUAAUGCCCAAGAAACAGCUCCAGCCUGAAGCUCCUCCCCCGGCGACCCAGAGACUUGACCCCUCGGCCGUGCGGACCUAUUCAUGCUAACUUCUCUCUGCUUACUAACAGGAGCGCUAAUGCUAACAGUGCAUUCUCAUUACCUAUACGGACACAUGCUUGCGGCCUUUUGAGAGUGAUAUGCCAAAUCUGGAGAGGGAGUCCUGGGUGCCACAUGGGAGUGAUCUUCAUCCCUUUGUGGCCCGGCCUCACCUCCCAUCUUUCACCUCUCUUCUCUCCUUCGGACACGUGCAAUACAGAGGCCAACUCUGACCUUUGAACUCUUGAGAGUGCUCAUUGGCUGCGCUCGCUGCUGUAAAGGAGACUCAUCCCUGUCUCUCCCAGUUUACCCCAGUGCUCCCAGUAGCCUUGUUAUUGUGGUGUUGUGCUCCUGCUCCCCUGAUCUCAGCUGUGGGUUCUUGUCCUGGUUCUAAUCUCUCAACAUGGUCAAGUUCAAACCAAUUUUUUAGUGUCAUCAUGUCCAAGGCAACACAAUAGUUGGUUAGUGUAAAAAAGAUUUAAAGGAAUGGUGACAAGUCAUUGAUUUGGACUUGGGAAUGAUGAUUACUUGUAUAAAUGGCAGAUCCCACUGCACAUUGCCCCCCUACCGGU